UCCGGGGGCCGCCUCGGCUCUUCCCUGCUCCGGGGCGCCCCCCUCCGCGCCUGCGCAGUGCCCCCCGGGGGGGCGGGGCUCAGAUUCCUGUCAGCGGCGGCGGCGGUGGCGGCGACCGUCAGUUUUCGCUGAGGAGAAGAACGAAACGGACCCGUUGGCUCUCCUCCUCCCUUUCCCCGCCCUGAACCCCCCUCCUGGCUCGCCGGGAAUUCGUCUCCGUGGAGUUUCCCCUCCACCUCGCCGCCUUUUCCUCGGCCCUCGGCUCGCUGGAAGUCUCUGCCCUCGAGGAGGAGGCAGCGGCAGCCGCCCUCGCCUGCCGCCCCCGGUUCGGUGCCCGCGGUCCCGGAGAGGAGGUGCCGCCGCCACCGCCGCUCCCCCCCUCCCGCUGCCCUCGGGCCGGGCUGGGUCGAGCUGCGAUGCCCUCGGACUUCAUCUCAUUGCUCAGCGCGGACCUAGACCUGGAGUCGCCCAAGUCCCUGUACUCGCGAGAUUCUCUGAAGUUACACCCAUCACAGAAUUUUCAUAGAGCUGGACUAUUGGAAGAAUCUGUCUAUGAUCUUCUCCCAAAGGAGUUACAGUUACCUCCAUCUAGAGAAACAUCUGUAGCAUCAAUGAGUCAGACAAGUGGUGGUGAGGCAGGCUCGCCUCCUCCAGCUGUAGUUGCUGCUGAUGCUUCUUCAGCUCCCUCCUCUUCCUCCAUGGGCGGUGCUUGCAGCUCCUUUACCACCUCUUCCAGCCCUACCAUUUAUUCUACCUCAGUCACCGACAGCAAGGCUAUGCAAGUGGAGAGCUGCUCCUCAGCCUUGGGGGUAAGUAACCGAGGGGUAAGUGAAAAGCAGUUAACCAGUAACACAGUUCAGCAGCAUCCAUCAACCCCGAAGAGGCACACAGUCUUGUACAUCUCACCACCACCUGAGGACUUGCUGGAUAACAGUCGGAUGUCCUGCCAGGAUGAGGGGUGUGGAUUGGAAUCUGAGCAGAGCUGCAGUAUGUGGAUGGAGGAUUCCCCCUCCAACUUCAGUAACAUGAGCACCAGUUCCUACAAUGAUAACACUGAGGUACCUCGUAAAUCACGAAAACGAAAUCCAAAGCAGAGGCCGGGGGUCAAACGACGAGAUUGUGAAGAAUCUAACAUGGAUAUAUUUGAUGCCGACAGUGCCAAAGCACCUCACUAUGUGCUUUCUCAGCUUACCACGGACAACAAAGGCAACUCAAAAGCAGGAAAUGGAACAUUGGAAAACCAAAAAGGAGCUGGAGUAAAGAAGAGCCCUAUGUUGUGUGGACAGUAUCCUGUCAAAAGUGAGGGAAAGGAGCUGAAGAUAGUUGUACAACCUGAGACCCAGCACCGAGCUCGAUACCUGACUGAGGGUAGUCGUGGCUCAGUAAAGGACAGAACACAGCAAGGCUUUCCUACAGUAAAGCUGGAAGGCCAUAAUGAGCCAGUAGUGUUGCAGGUGUUUGUGGGCAACGAUUCUGGUCGAGUGAAGCCACAUGGAUUUUAUCAGGCCUGCAGGGUAACUGGGCGAAAUACAACUCCCUGCAAAGAAGUAGACAUCGAAGGCACGACUGUUAUAGAAGUUGGCCUUGAUCCAAGCAACAAUAUGACACUGGCGGUGGACUGUGUGGGGAUAUUGAAGUUGAGGAAUGCUGACGUUGAAGCCAGAAUAGGAAUUGCUGGUUCCAAGAAAAAAAGCACUCGUGCCAGAUUGGUUUUUCGAGUAAAUAUCACAAGGAAAGAUGGCUCUACUUUGACAUUGCAAACACCUUCCUCUCCAAUUUUAUGUACUCAGCCAGCAGGAGUGCCAGAGAUCUUAAAGAAGAGCUUACAUAGCUGUUCAGUGAAAGGAGAGGAAGAAGUAUUUUUAAUUGGCAAGAACUUUCUGAAAGGAACUAAAGUUAUUUUCCAGGAAAAUGUUUCUGAUGAAAACUCUUGGAAGUCAGAAGCUGAAAUCGACAUGGAAUUAUUUCAUCAGAAUCAUCUUAUUGUGAAGGUUCCCCCAUAUCAUGACCAACAUAUAACUUUGCCAGUAUCAGUGGGAAUAUAUGUAGUGACCAAUGCUGGAAGAUCUCAUGAUGUUCAGCCAUUCACUUACACUCCAGACCCAGCAGCAGCUGCUGCUUUGAAUAUAAAUGUGAAGAAGGAAAUAUCUAGUCCGGCAAGACCUUGCUCUUUUGAAGAGGCCAUGAAAGCAAUGAAAACUACUGGAUGUAACUUAGAUAAGGUGAUGCUUCCUAAUGCUCUGAUCACUCCACUCAUAUCAAGCAGUAUGAUUAAGAGUGAAGAUGUUACUCCAAUGGAAGUAACAGCAGAGAAAAGAUCUUCCCCUAUUUUUAAGGCUGCAAAAACAGUUGGAUCAACUCAACAAACAUUAGACAAUAUCUCUAACAUAGCAGGAAAUGGGUCUUUUUCAUCAUCAUCAUCUUCUCACUUGCCUUCUGAAAAUGAAAAGCAGCAACAGAUUCAGCCCAAGACAUACAACCCAGAGACCCUGACGACUAUCCAAACACAGGAUAUUUCACAGCCCGGUACCUUUCCAGCAGUUUCUGCUUCUAGUCAGCUGCCCACUGGUGAUGCACUACUGCAGCAGGCUACACAGUUUCAGACAAGAGAAACUCCGUCUAGAGAGGUAUUGCAGUCAGAUGGUUCAGUGGUUAAUUUGACACACCUGGCUGAGGCAUCACAGCAACAGCAGCAGUCACCACUACAAGAACAAGCACAGACUUUACAGCAGCAAAUUUCAUCAAAUAUUUUCCCGUCACCAAAUAGUGUGAGUCAGCUACAGAAUACGAUUCAACAGUUGCAGGCAGGAAGUUUUACAGGCAGUACUGCCAGUGGCAGCAAUGGAAAUGUUGACUUGGUCCAACAGGUUUUAGAGGCACAGCAACAGUUAUCUUCAGUUUUAUUUUCUGCUCCAGAUAGUAAUGAGAAUGUUCAAGAACAGCUUAGUGCAGACAUUUUUCAACAAGUCAGUCAAAUUCAAAAUAGCGUAAGCCCUGGAAUGUUUUCCUCAACAGAGCCAGCAGUCCAUACCAGACCAGAUAAUUUAAUAGCUGGAAGAGCUGAAAGUGUUCACCCACAGACUGAAAAUGCGUUAUCUAAUCAACAGCAGCAACAACAGCAGCAGCAAGUGAUGGAAUCAUCAGCUGCAAUGGUGAUGGAGAUGCAACAGAGUAUCUGCCAGGCAGCUGCCCAGAUUCAGUCAGAGCUAUUUCCUUCAACUGGCUCAGCAAAUGGAAACCUUCAGCAGUCCCCAGUUUACCAGCAGACUUCCCACAUGAUGAGUGCAUUAUCUACCAAUGAGGACAUGCAAAUGCAAUGUGAAUUGUUUUCUUCUCCUCCUGCAGUUUCUGGAAAUGAAACUGCUACUACUACCACACAGCAGGUUGCAACCCCUGGCACUACCAUGUUUCAGACAUCAAGUUCAGGAGAUGGAGAAGAAACUGGAGCACAAGCAAAACAGAUUCAGAACAGUGUCUUUCAGACUAUGGUCCAGAUGCAACAUAGUGGCGACAGUCAACCUCAAGUUAACCUUUUUUCAUCUACCAAAAGUAUAAUGAAUGUUCAGAACAGUGGUACUCAGCAGCAAGGUAAUGGUUUAUUCCAGCAAGGCAAUGAGAUGAUGUCACUCCAAUCAGGGAAUUUUUUGCAGCAGUCUUCUCAUUCACAGGCUCAACUUUUUCAUCCUCAGAAUCCUAUUGCUGAUGCUCAGAACCUUUCCCAGGAAACUCAAGGUUCUAUUUUCCAUAAUCCAAAUCCUAUUGUCCGCAGUCAGACUUCUACAACCUCCUCUGAACAAAUGCAGCCUCCAAUGUUUCACUCUCAAAGUACCAUGGCUGUGCUACAGGGCUCUUCUGUUCCUCAAGACCAGCAGUCAGCGAACAUAUUUCUUUCCCAGAGUCCAAUGAAUAAUCUUCAAACUAACACAGUUGCCCAAGAGGAACAGAUUUCAUUUUUUGCAGCUCAGAAUUCAAUUUCUCCACUUCAGUCAACAUCAAACACUGAGCAACAGGCUGCCUUCCAACAGCAGGCUCCAAUAUCACACAUCCAGACCCCUAUGCUUUCCCAAGAACAGGCACAACCCUCCCAGCAAGGUCUGUUUCAGCCUCAGGUUUCCCUGGGCUCCCUUCCUCCUAACCCAAUACCUCAAAAUCAACAAGGAACAAUCUUCCAGUCACAGCACUCAAUGGUUGCCAUCCAGAGUAACUCUCCAUCCCAGGAGCAGCAGCAGCAGCAACAACAGCAGCAACAGCAGCAACAGCAACAGCAACAGCAGAGCAUUUUAUUCAGCAACCAGAAUACCAUGGCUACAAUGGCAUCUCAAAAGCAACCACCACCAAACAUGAUAUUCAAUCCAAGUCAAAAUCCAAUGGCUAAUCAGGAGCAGCAGAACCAGUCAAUUUUUCAUCAACAAAAUAAUAUAGCCCAAAUGAAUCAAGAACAACAGCCCAUGCAAUUUCAGAAUCAGCCCACAGUUUCCUCACUUCAGAACCCAGGUCCUGCCCAGUCCGAAUCAUCACAGACAUCCUUGUUCCAUAGCUCUCCUCAGAUUCAGUUGGUCCAAGGGUCACCCAGUUCUCAAGAGCAGCAAGUAACUCUCUUCCUUUCUCCAGCAUCCAUGUCUGCAUUGCAGAACAGUAUAAACCAACAAGACAUGCAACAGUCUCCUCUUUAUUCCUCUCAGAACAACAUACCUGGAAUCCAAGGAGCCACAUCUUCACCUCAGCCACAGGCUACUUUAUUUCACAACACUACAGGAGGUACAAUGAACCAGCUACAGAAUUCUCCUGGCUCUUCUCAACAGACUUCAGGAAUGUUCUUAUUUGGCAUUCAAAAUAAUUGCAAUCCACUUUUAACUUCUGGACCAGCUACAUUACCAGAUCAGUUAAUGGCCAUAAGUCAGCCAGGCCAACCACAAAAUGAGAACCAGCCACCUGUCACAACACUUCUUUCUCAGCAAAUGCCGGAGAAUUCUCCGCUGACAUCCUCUCUAAACACCAACCAGAACAUUGAAAAGAUUGAUUUGCUUGUUUCAUUGCAAAACCAAGGGAACAACCUGACUGGCUCCUUUUAACUGGAUAUAAAUUCCAUGAAGAAAUCCUGAUUUCAAGAUAUCCUGAGAUCUUGUGAUUCCAUGAGGAUUAUCGAACUGUUACUUUAAAAACAAAACAAAAUAUGAAAAACUGUGACUGAGUAAAUGGAUAGAUUUUACUCUGACUGCAAAAGAGCACACCUGUGCUGCCUAUUGCAGUCUACCAUUAUUAACAUCUUUUUAUUUUAUAUUCCUAAUAACAGUGAUGACUGAGAAACUAUUUGAGUUUCCAGCUGAAAGAAUUAAUUGUUACUAUUUUCCUAGGCACUAUUUCUUUAAAAGAACAGUUUAAAUUGAUAAGCUGGACCACUCAGUUAUUAUUGCUAUUAGAAAAGAAUUCAUGUUGUCAUGUUUACUUUUGUUCUUCAUUCAUAUUUUCUUUCCUGCCUUGUUUUAGUCAAGUAGUGGUUUUUGAAAAAGGAAAGUUCAAGUAAUAACUAAGGCUGUGACUUUUUAGUAUAAAAAACACAGCCAUUGGCCAAAGUGAUGAAGGAAUCUUUUUUCAGUUUUUAUGGAAAAACUGAAGGAGUAACAUUCUGACAAGUAAGCUGUAUUAAGAGCUCUACACAGAUAAGAGGCUUCUUUAUCACAGACAACACACUUACAAACUGGGAACAGCUGGAAUGCUAUUGAUGUUAUUUUUCAGAGAAUUAUUACUUCUCUGUAUUUCUGGUGAGGGUUUUAGCCAUAACUGUGCAUAGAAAAAUAAUUAUCUUGCUCUAUAAAAAUGAAGGGGGUAAUGUAUGGUAAAUUAUGUUCUGAUAUCCUCCUACAGUCAUUAAAACUGACAGAGUAAUUUGCUUUGUUAUCCCAGGCUUGGACUGGUAUUCCCUUUUUAUAGUCAUCUGUUAUUCUCUCCCUCUUCUUCUUUAUUUUAAACAAUUAAUAUACUAAUAGGUUUGUGACCCUCUAGUAACUAAUUGAAAAGGCCACUUUGAUCUGGGGUAACCCAGCAACUCCUGCAGCACAAGCGGCCGGGGGAGGAGGGGGUGCCCUUUCAGGAAUAAGGAGAGCUGACUGCUGAGAAACAAGAAAAACAAUGCAUUUUUUUUUCCCAUGAACGGUGCUGUUCUGAAGUCUUCAAAUUUUUCCCUCUGUUAGGAAGCAGUGUAAAUUUUAAUUUAAAAAAAAAAAAAAAAGGAAAAACUAGCCCACUGGAUCCUUGGGGCAGAGCCUCCUUGCCUGCCCGCUUGCAUCUCUCACAAGCAUCCUAUCCUAAUAAAUCUAUUUCUUGCCUAUCCAAAAAAAAAAAAAACUAAAAUGUUUUGAAAUAUCACUUCUCCCUAAGCUGCAGUGAGUGUAAUUCACCUGU